UGACGUCGGUAAGRCGCUUGAAGAAACAGAAUGGACUCGGAGGCUCUCGGCAUCUGCACCAAACGAUGAAGGUUUUGCCUGAAUUAAUCGCUUUUUUCGCAAAAUAAAGACGGAGAAGAGAAGCAGCCAUCAACAUGUAUGGUUUUGUGAAUCACGCCCUGGAGCUCCUCGUUCUGAGGAAUUACGGACCUGAUGUGUGGGAAGAUAUCAAGAGGGAGGCUCAGCUUGAUAUCGAGGGUCAGUUUCUUGUUCGAAUCAUAUAUGAAGAUGCCAAAACAUACGACCUUGUUGCUGCUGCAAGUAAAGUCCUCAAGGUCAAUGCAGGAGAAAUCUUGCAGAUGUUUGGAAAGAUGUUUUUUGAAUUUUGUCAGGAGUCAGGAUAUGACACCAUACUUCGUGUGCUGGGCUCAAAUGUCCGAGAAUUCCUGCAGAACCUCGACGCGCUCCAUGAUCACCUGGGCACCAUUUAUCCCGGGAUGAGGGCUCCCUCGUUCCGCUGCACUGAUGCCGAGAAAGGAAACAACUUGAUCCUGCACUACUACUCCGAGAGGGAAGGCUUGCAGGAUAUUGUGAUUGGCAUCAUUAAAACUGUUGCUCAACAAAUCCACGGAACGGAGAUAGAGAUGAAGAUGAUCCAACCUAAAAGUGAGGAGUGUGAUCACAUCAAGUUUCUGAUUGAGGAGAAGGACUCGGAGGAGGAGGCCUUCUAUGAAGAUCUGGAUGGUUUUGAGGAGAACGGCACGCAGGAGACCCGGAUCAGCCCAUACACUUUCUGCAAGGCCUUCCCGUUCCACCUCAUGUUCGAUAAAGACCUGAUGCUCACACAGUGUGGGAACGCUAUUUACAGAGUGCUGCCACAGCUCCAGCCUGGUAUCUGUAUCCUCCCUUCAGUUUUUUCUUUGGUUCGUCCUCACAUCGACUUCAGUUUUCAUGGCAUCCUGUCCCACAUCAACACCGUCUUUGUUCUGCGGAGCAAGGAGGGCCUGCUUAAUGUGGAGACUGUGGAGAAUGAGGACGAGCUGACGGGGGUGGAGAUCAGCUGUCUGAGGCUGAAAGGGCAGAUGAUUUAUUUGCCAGAGGCAGAGAACAUUCUUUUCCUUUGCUCUCCCAGUGUUAUGAACCUGGACGAUCUGACACGGCGGGGGCUUUACCUGAGCGACAUCCCACUGCAUGAUGCCACACGUGACCUGGUGCUGCUGGGCGAGCAGUUUCGUGAGGAGUAUAAGCUGACCCAGGAGCUGGAAAUCUUGACAGAUCGUCUCCAGCACACACUGCGGGCCCUGGAGGACGAGAAGAAGAAAACAGAUAGGCUGCUCUAUUCUGUUCUGCCUCCAUCUGUUGCCAACGAGCUGCGACACAAACGUCCGGUUCCAGCGAAACGCUACGACAACGUUACCAUCCUGUUCAGCGGCAUCGUGGGGUUCAACGCGUUCUGCAGCAAACACGCCUCGGCCGAGGGAGCCAUCAAGAUCGUCAACCUGCUCAACGACGUGUACACGCGGUUCGACAUCUUGACAGACUCCCGGAAGAACCCCUACGUGUACAAGGUGGAAACAGUUGGUGAUAAGUACAUGACGGUGAGCGGCUUGCCGGAGCCGUGCACGCACCACGCCAAGUCAAUCUGCCACCUCGCUCUGGAUAUGUUGGAGAUUGCGGGACAAGUCAAGGUGGACGACGAACCAGUACAGAUCACAAUUGGGAUCCACACAGGGGAGGUGGUGACGGGGGUAAUCGGUCAGAGGAUGCCCAGGUAUUGCCUGUUCGGAAACACAGUCAACCUCACAAGUCGAACUGAAACAACUGGUGAAAAGGGGAAAAUUAAUGUCUCUGAAUAUACUUACAGGUGUUUGCAGUCUGCUGAGAAUGCCGACCCUCAGUUUCAUCUGGAGUACCGCGGUCCCAUCCCCAUGAAAGGAAAGAAGGAGCCGAUGAAAGUGUGGUUCCUCUCUAGGACCAGCAGCGACUCAGAGUCCAUCAUGGUUAAAGCUUAAUCGUAUAGAGUUGCAGCUCUCUGAGUAUCAUCUUGUGAAUGCUCAUUAAAGUCUCAUAGUGUUUUAUUCAGGGAUGUGACAGAGACGAGGAAGUAUAAAAUUAUUAUCUUUGCAGAAUAGACAAGUAUUUUUAUUAUAGCUACUGUAGAAGCACAAUUGUUUCCCCUGUUUCUGUUUACCCAUGAUCCAUUAUGGCCAAACUGUAUUUUAAAAAUGAAGCAGUGUUCAUUAGUAAAGAUUUGAUAAUAAUUAUUAUUAUUUUUAAAUUUACUGUGUGUUAAAUGCAUCACUAAAGCUUAUUUUAAGAAAAAAAGAACAAUCAGUUAGGGAAAUUGUUGGUGCCAAAUGUGAAUGGUGUGUUUCUGUCACCUGAAAAUGCCAAAAAAUACAAACAAUUUUAGUCAAAAACUUGUUUGUCUCAUAGUAAUAACAAAGUCAAUAUUCAGCAUUGUGUUCAUGUUUAACUGUCAAAAUGACACAAAUGAAAUUAUAAUAUAAAUUGUUUUAUAUUUAACAUUUUAGCUUGUAUACUUUUUAAGUUUUCAUCAACUCUUUGACAAAAACUGCUUUUCUAGCAGUAAAAACAAAAUAGCACCGCUGUAUUAAGUAGCUAUCACUGAUCUAAAAUAGGAAAAAAAUGCACAGUAAUUUAAUGUAGUAAUUGCACCUUGCCUCACAUCACUGCUGCUAUGAAAUUUUUAGUUCCACUUUACGAUACAGCGAUAGUCUUACAAAUUCACAUAUUUAUUGUUUGACACAUUUUGUAUUUAUUGUUUUACUGUUAGUACAAUCUAAACUGUUUGUAAUGUACUGCUCACCUGUGAAAAACAGUCAUCGUAGUAAACUUUACGACUGGAA